AAACAAGCAACCGGGUUUUGAACCUGUUGCUUCCCAAUCUCUGCCAUGGCCCGGGCGUCGCCGCUGGCGGGCCGAAUUCGCCUGGGCCUCCGCUGGCAGUCAACCAUCCGCCUGGAGAAUCCCACGGCACAGCCAGGUCAACGGCCCUUCGAUUUGGGCCCAUUUGCCUGCCAUCGAGUGCCGCAGGAUGCGGAGCCCAUGCGAUUGGAUCGGUGGCUGCUGAAGCACGUCUGUUCCAAUUGGAACGCACGGCAGAAGCUCAUAGCCUCCAAGCAAGUUUGGGUCUUGGGUCCCCAGUCCACCCUGGAGCAGCACCGGGGGAGCGUGAUGAUCCCCCGGCUGCGGCCGGGCUGCAAGGGGAAGACCACCUUGAAGCCCCAGGACUUCGUGUACUUCCCCAAGGUCAUGACCCCCGUGCCCAAGCGCCGCGAGCCGGCGCCCAAGGAGCCUCCGGGCUGGCUGCUGCGCCGGCUGAUCUACAAAGACACCGACUUCCUGGCCAUUGACAAGCCCAUCGGCUGGUCAGUGAACCCGGGCAAGCAUGUGGGCGGCGCCCAUCUUCAGAAGCUCCUGCCGAGCCUGAAAUUUGGCAUGGAGGAGGCGCCGAAGUUUGUGCACCGCCUCAGCACGGAGAUCAGCGGCGUGCUGCUCUUGGGGCGGCACAAGGCGGCAGUGGCCUAUGCCAAGGACAUGAUCGCGCAGCGCGCCUUCUGGCAGCGAGAAUUGUGGGCGCUGGUGUGCGGCCGAACGCCCAAAUCUGGCCAGGUGUCCAUGCCGACGCUGUCCCUGGAGCGCCACGCCAAGAAGCACGUGGCAAAGCCCAUGCGCGAGGACGACGGGGGCUUGCCCGCUUUGACGGAGUACAGCAACAUCCGCUACUCCCCGCUGGCGGGGGGCUUGACCCUUUUAUCCAUGAAUCCCUACAGUGGCCGGUACCACCAGACGCGGGCGCAUUGCGCCUUCGGCCUGCGAGCGCCGAUCGUGGGAGAUCCCGUCUACUACGAUCUUUCCAACCACCUCUCUGAAUCAGAGGACUUCAAGCACAGGUACCACUCCACGGAGUCGCGCCAGGAGCGCCAGACGCUGCUGGGCGCGCAGCGCCGCCUCCACCUGCACAGCCGGCAGCUAACCCUUAAGACCUUCGCAGGGAAAGAGAUCACCGUCACCGCGCCGGUGCCACAGCACAUGGCGCGGUCCUUCCAGGCGCUGGGCUGGCAGGAUUGGCUCAGGCGCGCGGAGGGCCGCGCACAGCGGCUGGCGCCCUGGCGCGCGGAGGAGGACAAGCACCUCAUGGAGGCCUUGGCGCAGGUGCGAAAAGAGACCUCACCCCAUGCGGGCGAAGAAGCUGACGAAGCUGACGUUCUUGAAGACGUUGAGGAAGAUGAGCUUGAAGAGGAGCCGGAGGAGUCGGAUGAACUGGAGGAGCCGGAUCAUUUCCAGGAUGUCUUUGAGCUGGAGCGCGGCGGUCGCCGUGGGCGAAGGUCCAAGCGGCGGUGAGGUGAGGAUCUGGUUUGUACAUAGCUUUCCGGCGCAGCUGCAAGGCGCUUUGCGCAGGAGUGCGAGAGGAGUCCUCCGAUUCCAACG